CAUUGAUAGGUGGCAUUGACUGGCACUGAUGGGUGACACUGAAAGGCAGCUCAGAUGGGCACUGAUAUGUGGCAUUGAUGUGCACUGGUAGGCACUGAUAUGUGGCACUGAUGUGGCACUGAUGGGCACUGGCACGAGACACUGAUGAGCACUGACAGCUGGCACUGAUGGACACUGACAGGUGGCACUGCUGGGGCUACAAUGAUCAUCAGGGCACACUGAUCAUCAGUGCCCUGAUGAUCACUAUCAGCGUGACAGCUCGAGAGGAGAUAAAUGCCGAUAACCGGCAUUUCCCUGUUUACAUGUGAUCAGCUGUGAUUGG